AUGAUCAUAUCACGAGACUUGACGCUAGCUGCAAGAAGAUCCGACUUCAGCUGCCCAUGUCGCGAGAAGAAGAUGAAGCAAACGCUUUGCGAUAUGCUGGCCAAGAGGGGCAUUCGCGACGCCUUCAUCCAGCUCAUUGUCACCCGGGACAUCAAAGGUGUCCGCGAAUCUGAGCCACACGAGCAUGUUAACACUCUGUACAUGUUCAUUCAGCCGUACAUUUGGGUCAUGGAGCCUGAAAUGCAGUUGACUGGUGGACUCGCCAUCAUCGCCUGGACAGUUCGCCGCACACCCCCCGGCUCAAUCGAUCCUACUGUCAAGAACCAUCAAUGGGGUGAUCUCACCUGUGCCAUACAGGAUGCUCGGGAUCGGGGCGCCAAGUAUCCCUUCCUUACUGAUGACGAUGCCUACUUUACUGAAGUAUCCGGCUUUAAUGUCGUUUUCGUAAAGGAUGGCAAGAUCUUCACGGCUGACCGGGGUGUCUUGGAGGGCAUUACGUGUAAGAGUGUCUUUGAUGUCGCUCGGGCGAAUAACAUUGAGAUCCGAUGCGAGGUUGUUCCUGUGGCUCUCACUUAUGAGGCUGACCUUGUGCCUUCUUUACUGUCUGAGCUUUUUGCGCACAUGUCUUGUAUUUUAUGCUUUUCUCUACCCGCUUCGCUUGCCACUUAA